CUCGAAGUGUGCGCACCUUGUACUGAGCCCUAGUUUGUGUGAUCCUCAGAUGGCGGGUGAGAAGGCGCCCGCGGAGAAGAAGCCGGCCAAGAAGAAGGCAGGAGAGAAGAAGCCGGAGCAGAAGCCGAUCCAAAAGGCAGCCGGGGACAAGAAGAAGAGGGUGAAGAAGUACCAUGCCAGCAGGAACCCCGUCCUGGCCCGCGGCAUCGGGAGGUAUUCCCGCUCUGCCAUGUAUGCCAGGAAAGCCCUGUACAAGCGCAAGUACACGGCUCCAGAGACAAAGAUAGAAAAGAAGAAGAAGGAGAGGCCCCGUGCCACCAUCACCAAGCCAGUGGGUGGAGACAAGAACGGAGGCAGCCGGGUGGUUAAAAUCCGGAAAAUGCCCAGGUACUACCCCACGGAGGACGUGCCCCGCAAGCUGCUGAGCCACGGCAAGAAGCCGUUCUGUGAGCACAAGCGGCGGCUCCGCGCCUCCAUCACCCCGGGCACGGUGCUCAUCCUGCUCACCGGGCGGCACCGCGGCAAGCGUGUUGUCUUCUUGAAGCAGCUGGACACUGGCCUUCUGCUGGUUACAGGCCCCCUGGUUGUCAACCGUGUCCCCCUGCGUAGGGCCCACCAGAAGUUUGUUAUUGCCACAUCUACAAAGGUUGAUCUCACUGGAGUGAAAAUUCCCAAACAUCUCACUGACUCCUACUUCAAGAAGAAGAGGCUGCGGAAGCCCAAGCACCAGGAGGGCGAGAUCUUUGACACUGAAAAAGAAAAAUACGAGCUGACGGAGCAGCGCAAGGCAGACCAGAAGGCUGUGGAUUCCCAGAUCCUGGCCCGGAUCAAGAAGGUGCCUCAGCUCCGUGGGUACCUGCGCUCCACCUUCUGCCUCUCAAAUGGAGUCUAUCCUCACAAAUUGGUGUUCUAGGCCUUCUGAAAGCACCACAUUAAAUUCCAAGGGAAAAAAAAAAAAGCAAGGAUUUCUGGUGUGUUCAUUGCAAUCUGUGACGGCACAUGCUGCACAAGGCUUGCUGUACAUGAUUUAACAGGUAGAAAAGUGCCUGUGGCAUGAAAUUCUGAGGGACUACAUGUAAUGACCAGAAUUUUGAGUGUGAGGUUUGGGGUGUAGUAAUUUUUGUUGGUUGGGUUGGGUUUGGCAUUUUUUUUUAACUAUUUGAUAUAAACAGAAAUUCAGCUUUCUUAACUUUGAAUGAGCUGGGGAGGGAUCCUGAAGAGAUUUUCUUUUGGGCAUAGCAGACAAUGCUGGGUUGACACAGUGCACAAUAAAACCCAACCUAAUUUCUGCUGACAUACUUCUCUCCACACUUGCUGUGCUGAAACCAGGGCUUUGGGUUUGGUUUUUUUUGUGGAGAACCAGCUCUGUCAAUAAAACUUUGCAGGUAACUCAGCA